GUAACCUUGAAAAAGUAGAGGUGUUAAAGGUGAAUUAUCCCAAUGCAGCUGAUUAAAGUAAUAUUUUCUCAGUUUUGGGGAAAAACAAAUCGUGAUUUCAGGGAUAAAGAUCAAUCUCUUCUCCUAAUUCAGAAAUAAUCAUCCAAACCCAUAGUAGACAGUUGACAGUCCAAAACCAACAUAAACCCACAAGGCCAAAUCCCAUGAGCUUCAAGAGCAAGACCCACUUCUCCUAGAACACUUACUCAAGUGGAGCAGCCCAUCAAGUCAACGCUGCUAAUUCCAGUUCUGGUCUGUCUGGACAGGGCACGCUUUCUCUUCAGUUGGACAAUCAUAAAAAAUCAGAUGGACAACUCUGAUAUCUCUAAGCAGUUGGAGAACAGUAGAGCACGGAUACGCAGUGUGUACAACAUUGGACAGUCAUCCAACCCUAGUAGAGAAGAUAAGAACCAGGGGUACACCGGAUCACUUCCUCCAGAUGUGAUCCCUGUGAAUCGAAGAGAUCCAAACACUGACCUAAGAACAGCACAAACAUUUAGGCUCCCUACACUCAUUGAAGAAUUUAAUGACAUUCUGAGUUUGGAUGGUCUAGUAGUAUCUAAAGAUGAUUUCUUAGAUAAUGAAUGGGCUGACAGACCUGCUGUUAGACUGACAACAUUAACAGAUCAACAAGUAUGUCAGCUGGGAAGGUUUCUAUUGCAUUCUUUACAGACAAGGAUAUCCAAACAAGGUGUUGCAGUCAUUUUUGUUUUAGCAUUCCAUUUGAGAGCUCCAGGAGUAGGAUCCACUGAAAGAAUGUUUGAAGCUACAGAUCCACAUAGUAAACCGUCUGAUAGAGAGUAUAGUGACUUUGAAGAUGUCCUAGUACCCAGAAGAGAAUCAAUUCAAGCAUCAGAGCGUGGACAUGUAGUAGAGAAUGCCAAAGCGUACUCAUUCUUAGCUGCAUCAAUGCUCCGAUUGUUCACACGAUCCUCUGAAAACUAUUGCCCAGCUUGGAAUCACAUUGUCAAUGGAUUUAAAACUUUUUACAUUCGUCAUUGUCCUGUUACUAAAAUUGUUCCUAAAGCAGAGGUGAUCCAGGCCAUCCAUGUACAUUUUGCUUGUGAUAAAGUAUUCAAAGCUACAUUAUACAGAUUGUUAUAUAUGUCUAACUCAAAGCCCAGCAAUGAUAGUCUCAAGGGAUUUCUGUACGAUAACCAUCUGUCUCACAAUGGUAUGCAUAUCGUUUCAAUAUUCUGUAGGCUGCGUGAUGCUUUAAAUUGCAAUCCUGAUAUUUUGUUAAAGGCUAUACGGACCCCACAAUUUGACCGGCAGAUUCAAGCUCUGGUGAAAAUUCUUGGAUACAUGAAUGAAGAAGUAGGUCAACAUGAGAGGCAGAUGUGGAAAUAUGGGAGAAUUUUCGAUGAAAAAUUCAUGUCUGUAUUACAGACAAAAGCAUGUCCUAAAUUGGUAAUGAUGUUAGCUGCUGCUCUUCAACAAGAAAGACCUGAAGGAGCAGAGAAUAUUCUAAAAAUCAAACAACUUGAAGAUGUGAGUGAGGAAAAUAAAAAGAAAUGUAUUAUGGUUGCCGAAGCUGUGAGAAAGAUGAUUAAAUCCUCACACAAACAAACAGCCUGAUUCAUCGUCUGCAAUUGAGACCUCAAGUUGAAGAGGAUGAUUGGUGGAGGUCAUGAAUGGGAUGGUCUUUAUUACCUUAGUUGAGCUUCUGCAAGUGGUAGUCUUAAAAGCAUUACAAACAGGGGCGUCACCUCAUUAGUGGCACUAUUGUCUCUUUAGUCUUAUUGUGGGAUUAAACAUCAAACCUCUCGUGGCUACUCCUUAACAAAACUUCG